AUGAAUUACGCUGCAGCAGUCGAUAGUAAAGAGCAAAAUGAGAAGCUGAGCCCACCGAGUUCGCCGAAGCAGGACGUCAAUGAAGUAUCAGUCUACGAUGUUCUGCCGAGAAGUCUGCGAGACGUCGCUGAACAACAGCUUGAUGGAUUUAGCAAUCCGGAAAUCCGUCGGUUGGACAGGGAAAUUAACGGUAUGGCUUAA